UCUCAAGGGUAACCCAGGCCUGCUGGCCCCUCCUUUUGCUUUGGUUCUUAGAUGACAGAUGUCCAUUCAUCCAUAGGUUUGUCCGCACCCCCACAUUAAGAGAGCCCUUAACAAGUAUGAGCUCCAGCCCUUGAUGUUCAAAAGAAGCCCGAGGCCCAUUAGCCCAACUUGGGCUUUAUCACAGAUGCAGGCUCAGGCCACCAGACCUUCUGAGUCAAAACUUGCAUCUUAACAGGACGAUUUGUGAAACCUGCUCUGACCUGUGUACAAGACCCUGGGACAGAGGUCAGAAACAAAUUGGCACUUUUGGUCAUUUAGUGGAGGAGACAGAUUCUGACCUGUCCUGUGCACAGUGCGAGAGCCAGUGCUCAGGUGGUUCAAGGGACGGCUUCCUGGAGAGAGGGUUUGUGAGCUAGGCCUUGGGCAUGCAGCAUUCAGGGAAGUGAAAUGGGGUUCUUUGAACAUGUAUUGUGUCCUGGUUCGUGACCGGGCGGGGAGGACCUGGCCCUCCCUGCACAUGCUGCCUUGGGCAGACAAUCAGAGGGAUGUCACACAGCUAAUGGCAGAUGCUGUUUUGAUCAGACUCAAGAUGGAGUCUGGCCUGGUUUAGAAGGUACCACCUGUUUCUUAAUGAAGGGCUUGAUCUUCCCUAGUAUGGACUGUUUUAGGGAAGUGAGAUGAAGUUAGGAAGGUAGGAGGUGACUUGGGGACACUACCAGGCUUCAUUGUCUCUUGGAGACCACGGACCCUGACAUGCAGCUUUGGGUACGAUCCCCUGGGAGAGGCCUGGGAGCCCUCUCUCCUGGAUUCAUAGAACGUUGCCAACUCCAGGAUAUGUUGGGGGAGGGGUUAAAAUAGGUAAAAAGCCACCGACCAGGUAAAGGCUGAAAAGGUGAGAGGCCUGAUGGCUCAAUACUCUGGCUUGUCGGGUCUGCAGGACGUGCCCCACAGAAGCCAGCAGGGGUCAGCAGUGGGCCUGCUAGGGCUCCAGUUCGAAGCCUAAACCUGUGUUCAUAACAGGAAAUGGGGUUAAAAACCAGACACUGCAGUAGAGAAACUAUCAGGGACAGAGAAUUGGUGGUAUCCAGGAAAAGAACCUUGACUCUUCCAUGGAAAUUAGACCUGACUCAGAAACAGGGAAAUUAGGGCCAGUUGAUUGGUUGAAAAAACUGGUGAUGAGAGCUGCCCUCUCCCAGUGCCUGCAGAGAGGCUGGAAGAGCCAGUGGUAAACAGUGGGUAUGGGGUUCCCUUCCAGAAGCUCUGCUCUGCCAGUGAAGAGGAAUUAGCACUGGAAGAAAGCAUGCUGAGCUUGGGGCAGUGAAUGUUCACUAAUCGGCGAAACCUGCGACACUAAUACUUCAUGGUAAUGUGACAAGAGCUCCUGGGCCUGUACCACUUCCUGUGGCCUGGUGAUGGCCUGGGCAUGGUCACUUAAGGCAAUCAAAAGAGAACCACAGCCCAGCUAGAGCAGGGCCCAGGCGAGGGGUCCCCAGGGACCUACACAACCCCCAGCAAGGCCACACCCCUACAGGCAGGAAGUCUCAAGCUGUCACUGAGUUGAAAAGGGCCAAGACUACUGCUAUUUGGGCUGACCACAGCUCUGGGUGGACAGAAAGCCCUAGAGUGAGAAUGACCAGGGGAGACCCUGCCCCAAACACACAAACACCACCGGGAGAGUCAGGAGAAAGCUCCCUAGCUUCUUACGGAAGAGCAGGCAGAGGGAGCCCAUCACCACCCCUGUCUGGUGGUGGCCCGUCCCUUCAAGGUGGGGGAGGAAAAAAGGUGGUGGCAGGAAAGUGCUGACUCCAGACUGUUCCCUGAAAUCCCCACGGAGGAGGCUGUUUCCUCUUGUGCACAGGAACCAUCCAUUCUGAGCUGUGGAGGGAGAAGCAGAGUGAGCUCUUGGCCUCUUUCAUGUGACAGAUACCCCCAGGCCCCUGCGGUUUCCAACAUCCUGUGGGUGGCCCUGGUUUCAGAUGCCUUUGCCUUUGCUGCACCUUGUGGCUCAGGCUGCAGCCACCAGUUUGCGUUCUGUCUGCCAAGAGCCUCAGCAGACUUCCAGAGGGUAGCCACCGUGUGCUAGGUUCUCAGAAUGCACUGAUGGGAGGGAGGUGGGAAGAGGGGCACAGAAAGAUGUCAUCGUAUGGAGCACUUCUAAUCUGCUGCCUCAGUCCCCUCCCCUCCCCUCCAUCACCCACACACAGCUCUUGAGAAGAGGACAAUACGAACACAUACCUCCUCCCAUCUCCCCUUAUACACAAGUUGCUGCACGCAUCCAAACCCACUACUCUCUUGCUCUGCAACCAUCACCGGCUCCAACUUGCUUGCUGAGGAAAAUUGAGGCCCCUGUCACUUGGCUCCCACCUUGUCACCUGCUUCUCUCAGUGGCUUCACACUAAGAGACUUCUUCCCUAUCACUGUAUUUUUCCUCUAUUGUAACUUAUCUCAUGUUUUUCACUCUGGGCCGUGUCCUUUUGCUUCACACCUACCCUGUCAGUGCAGCCUACAUGCCGAGGUCCAACUCCAGGAGCCUGAGUGAACUGCCAGCUAUACCUUGCUGUUUCAAGGUGUAGCUGACCUGCCUUUGGGUGUCCUUGACUCACAGGAAGAUAUUGUGGGGUACAGUUGGGUCGAAGGUGGCUUUUGGGUGCUAGAGAGAAGGAAAGGGGGUUAGAAAGGGCAAUGAGGUCCAUGGUGUGUCACAGCGCACCGGCCUGAAAGUGGGAGGACACAGAUCCAGCCCCAGCAAAGUCAGCUUCCCUCUGUGUGGCCUUGGGUAAGACACUGAAUAUUCCCACUGUUCACCUGCUUUCUCUACCACCCCCCAAAAAGCAAAGGUCUACUGAUGGCGAGUCUAUUUUCCUUUGUGGCUUUGACUGGACCACUUUUUCCUGAGCGUCAGGUCUGCAGGGUGCUGGGUCCUUGAAUCAAGACCCUGGUGGCACUCCUUGCCUCUCUGACUUAUGGGGCGGUGACAAAGCCAGAUAGCUGGUGAGGCAGCUGUGGCUCAUCGAUUUGUCUGUUGGCUUUUGAAAUCAGACAGGAAGGAGGGUUGAGGUGGAGCCAGUACAGGAAGAGGUGAGAAGCCCCAGCUGCCGUGAUAGUCGGUGGGCUCAGGGACUAUGGGAGCUGGUGGACUGCAUGGGCUUUAUUCUUGCCCCGGACAGAUCUUGAGGGCUUGCAGCGCAGCCAACUAGCCACAGAGAGACCCAGGACAGCCCCACCACUGCCCAGAUACCUCUGUCUACUGGAACAGUAGUGCUGAAAUGGAGCCACCCCCGGCCUCCCAAUCUUGGCAUCCCUGAGGCAAUGAGGCCCAGGAGACCCCUGGAUGAGGGAUGGCCGACCCCCACCCCCUGAGUUCCUAAGGCCCUGCUGGAGGGGCUGCCUGGGCCAGAUAUCCUGCCCCCUGAAGGUUACAAAUGAGGACACCAUGGCGCAGAGAGCUCAGGCGGCCUGCCCAGUGUCAAAGAGCCACUCCUGGUGGCAAUCCUGGACUCCAUGAAGAAGCAGGAGGUGCUGAAGGGCGGGGAGGCUGGCCAGGGCCAUGGUGCUGGCUCCCCAGCCGAGCAGGUGAAAGCCCUCGUGGACCUGCUGGCUGGAAAGGGCAGUCAGGGCUCCCAGACCCCACAGAUCCCUGACAGGACACCGGAUUCCCUGCUGGGGCCUCACAGCAAUGACUUGAGGAUACAGAGGCACCGAGAUGCCCUGCUGAGCAGGGCGGGAGGCAGCCUGGAGCUGGGCGGCCCUUCGCCCAGGCUGACCAACCUCCUGCUGGUGGAGGGCCUGACGGACCUGCAGCUGAGGGAACACGACUUCACCCAGGUGGAGGCCACACGCGGUAGCUGGCACUCCACCAAGACCAUCGCCCUGGACAGGCUCUUCCUGCCUCUGUCUCGGGUGUCCAUCCCACCUCGAAUCUCCAUCACCAUUGGGGUGGCUGGCGUGGGUAAGACCACCUUGGUGAGGGACUUCAUCCGCCUCUGGGCCCGAGGACAGGUUGGCAAGAACUUCUCGCUGGUGCUGCCUUUGACCUUCAGGGAUCUCAACACCUAUGAGAAACUGUCUGCAGACAGACUCAUCCGCUCUGUCUUUCCGCAUGUUGGGGAGUCCGGCUUGGAAGCAGCAGCCCCAGACAAAGUCCUCCUUAUCCUGGACGGCCUAGAUGAGUGUAAGAUGCCUCUGGACUUUUCCAACACUGUGGCCUGCACCGACCCCAAAAAGGAGAUCCAAGUGGACCAUCUGAUCACCAACAUUAUCCGGGGCAACCUCUUCCCAGAAGUUUCUGUCUGGGUCACCUCCCGCCCCAGCAUGGCUGGCCAGAUCCCAGGGGGCCUGGUGGACCGAAUGACCGAGAUCCGGGGCUUUAAUGCAGAGGAGAUCAAAAUGUGUUUGGAGCAGAUGUUCCCCAAAGACCAGGUCCUCUUGAGCUGGGUCCUGAACCAGAUGCAGGCCAACAGGGCCCUAUACUUGAUGUGCACUGUCCCAGCCUUCUGCCGGCUUGCGGGGUCGGUGCUGGGCCACUUGUACCACCAAAGGUGGGGUCUCCAGGACUCAGAGCUGUGGCCUCCAAGGACCCUGUGUGAACUCUACUCUUGGUACUUCAGGAUGGCCCUGGGUGGGGAGGGGCAGGAAAAGGCCAAGGCAAUCCCUCGCAUUGAGCAGCUGGCCCAUGGCAGCCGCAAGGUGGUAGGAACGCUGGGCCGGCUGGCAUUCCAUGGGCUGGUCAAAAAGAAGUAUGUGUUCUAUGAGCCAGACCUGAAAGCAUUCGGUGUGGACCUUGCUCUGUUGCAGAGUGCUCUGUGCAGCUGCUUCCUACAGCGGGAGGAGACCUUGGCCUCCUCAGCAGCCUACUGCUUCGCCCACUUGUCCCUGCAGGAGUUUGUGGCAGCCGCAUACUACUACAGUGCAUCCAAGAGGGCCAUCUUCGACCUCUUCACUGAGGGCGGCAUGUCUUGGCCCCGGCUGGGCUUCCUCACGCAUUUCAGGAGCGCAGCCCAGCGGGCCAUGCAGGCCGAGGAUGGACGGCUGGAUGUGUUCCUUCGCUUCCUCUCGGGCCUCUUGUCUCCAAGGGUCAAUGCCCUGCUGGCUGGCUCCAUGCUGGCUCCGGGUGAGCACCAGGGCUCCCGGGCCCAGGCGGCUGAGCUCCUGCAGGGCUGCCUGCACCCCAACGUGGCGGUUUGUGCCCGGGCGGUCAAUGUCCUGCACUGCCUGCACGAGCUGCAGCACACAGAGCUGGCCCGCAGUGUGGAGGAGGCCAUGGAGAGCGGGGGCCUGGCUGGGCUGACUGGCCCCCCACACCGCGCUGCCCUGGCCUACCUCCUGCAGGUGUCGGAUGCCUGCGCCCAGGAGGCCAAUUUGUCCCUGCGUCUCAGUCAGGGCGUCCUCCAGAGCCUGCUUCCCCAGCUGCUCUACUGCCGGAGCCUCAGGCUGGACACCAACCAGUUCCAGGACCCUGUGAUGGAGCUACUGGGCAGCGUGCUGAGUGGAAAGGACUGUCGCAUUCAGAGGAUCAGCUUGGCUGAGAACCAGAUCAGUAACAAAGGGGCCAAAGCUCUGGCUAGAUCCCUCCUUGUCAACAGAAGUCUGACUACUCUAGACCUCCGCAGUAACUCCAUUGGACCUCAAGGGGCCAAGGCGCUGGCAGAUGCUCUGAAGAUUAACCGUACUCUAGCCUCUCUGAGCCUUCAGAGCAACAGAAUCAGGGAUGAUGGUUCCAGGUCCAUAGCUGAGGCCUUGGCUGCCAACCGGACCCUCUCCGUGCUGCACCUACAGAAGAACACCAUUGGGCCUACGGGAGCCCAGCGGAUGGCAGAUGCUCUGAAGCAGAACAGGAGUCUGAAGGAGCUCAUGUUCUCCAGUAACAGCAUUGGCGAUGGAGGUGCUAAAGCCCUGGCUGAAGCCCUGAAGGUGAACCAGGGCCUACAGAGUUUGGACCUGCAGAGCAAUUCCAUCAGUGAUACAGGAGUGGCAGCGCUGAUGGGGGCCCUCUGUGCCAACCGAACCCUCCUCAGCCUCAACCUGCGAGAAAACUCCAUCAGCCCAGAGGGAGCCCAGCAUCUGGCUCGAGCUCUCUGCACCAACAGCACUCUGAAGAACCUAGACCUGACAGCCAACCUCCUCCAUGACCAGGGUGCCCAGGCCAUCGCAGUGGCAGUGAGAGAAAACCACGCCCUCACAUCCCUUCACCUGCAGUGGAACUUCAUCCAGGCUGGCGCUGCCAAGGCCCUGGGACAAGCACUACAGUUCAACAGGAGCCUGACCAGCCUCGAUUUACAGGAGAAUGCCAUUGGGGAUGAAGGUGUCUGUGCGGUGGCCAAUGCGCUGAAGGCGAACACAGCCCUCACUGCUCUCUAUCUCCAGGUGACCUCCAUUGGUGCCCCAGGAGCCCAGGCACUGGGAGAGGCCCUGUCUGUGAACAGAACCUUGGAGAUUCUUGACUUAAGAGGAAACACCAUUGGAGUAGCUGGAGCCAAAGCUCUGGCGAAUGCUCUGAAGGUCAACUCAAGUCUCCGAAGACUCAAUCUUCAAGAGAAUUCCCUGGGGAUGGAUGGAGCAAUAUGUGUUGCCACCGCACUGUCUGGAAACCAUGGACUCCAGCAUAUCAAUCUCCAGGGAAAUCACAUUGGGGAAUCUGGUGCCAGGAUGAUCUCAGAGGCCAUCAAGACGAAUGCUCCCUUGUGCACUGUUGAAAUGUGAGCAAAACCAGCUUCUGGUGGACCGGGCAGGCAGACAGGAAGAGACACAGCUGGAAGCUUUUGAACAAAAAGACCAUUUCCAGGGUGCCUUCUGUGGUCUAGGAAUGACACUGACCUGCAUGCAAGCUGGUCUCCUGUGAGGAGGCAGGAAAGGUGUUGCCAAAAGCAGUCAUGGGCACUCCUCCUGACCCAGGGUCAGUCCAGGCAAGGAUGAAAUGGGCACUCUGCUAUGGCACAUAAAGGGAAGGGUCUUCCACCAAGGGAUCCAGGAACUUAGGCCUUAAAAUUUAGCAAGUAAGAAGCUGGUCUGAGUUUAUUCAUACAGUGAGAUCUUCAUGUGCCCUCAACUUUUUUAUUACUGUCACUUUCCACUCAUCUGGUUAAAAUCAUCCCCCUCCUUCUGAAAUGAGUUGCCAUCUUACAGCCCACUAAGAAUCUCAAUUUGGCAUUGGUGACAGAGGGGAACCUCUCUUUUCUCAAGAAAAAGUUUUAGAAAGAUGAUCCUUAGAAAUAUAUGGAAAAAUUAUGGGAAUUUUUUUGAAGAGAAAUGAAGGCUUUAUAAUUAUAGAAUUCUGAAGAUAGAGACAACAACAACAACAAAAACUCCAAGGAUUUUGCCAUAUUUUACCCAUUACGCACUCUCUAACAAGCAUGGAUUAUGUCAUUUGGAGUCUAGCACACUGGUUAAAUGUCAAUGCCUUAAUGUUAUUCUAUAUUAGGCUUCCAAAACCACUACUGUGAUUACAGCUUCCCUCUGAAGGCAAGCAAGCUGAGCUUCCACGUGGCAUAAAUUCCCUCAGAUGCCUGUGUUAAAAUGGAAAAAAUCCCAAGUGGACACCACAGCUCUCAUCAACUAUAACCAACGAAAAUGCUUAUGAAGAUUAUAAAAUAAUUAUUUAAAAAUUUGAACAGGAAGCACUGUUAUUCCAAAUGUUUCUUUGAGUAUUCAGGCAAGAAUCAUCAAUGGAUGCUAAAAUCAUAGAUUAAAACCUACUGAGGAAGAAGCUAUCCAUACACUCUCAAAGUAUCACCCCAUGAAGGAUAUUUAUAAAUGGAAAAAGGUACCUUAAAGAUAGAGGAGUUUUACAAAUGCUACCUUAACAAAGUGAUUAGAUUUAAUAUCACUAAUAAUGUGACAAAGGGACAGCAGGGGCCCUGAUGUGAUGCAUUAAGAAGGACACACUGUUGACAUAGUAUUCUCGUAAAAAGGUUUACCUGAAUCUAAUCAUGAAGGAACAAUCCAACAAAAUCCAACUGAGUGACAUUCUAAGAAAGAAAGAAAGAAAAAAACUAGCCUGACCUCUUCAAAAAUGUCAAUGUCAUUAAAAAUAAAAAAGGCUGGGGACUAUUUUAAUUUGAAGGAGAUUAAAAAGAUAUAACAACUUAACAUAAGAUCUUUGAUUGGAUCCUAGGCUGGAGGGAAAAAAGAACAUUAUUUGGGAAUUGGGGCAUUUGAACAUGGGUCUGUGUAGUAUUUAUUAGAUUAUCUUAUUUUUUUAAAUAUAUUUUUGGAGGGUAUAGAAUUCUAGAUUGACAGUUUUUUCUUUCAGUACUUUUAAGAUGUUGCUAUACUAUCUUCUGGUUUGUACUGUUUCUGGAAGUGAGAAUAUAACAGAGCAAGAGUUGCAGUAGUCAAAUAUUGGAGAAAGCUAUGCCAUGCAGGAUCCUAGCACUGGAGAAACCCUAGGGGCCAAAGCAGUGGAGAAAAAGUGUGCUCUCCAGGGACUUCAAGAGCAAGGCACACUAGAAUUGGAAGGAAAGCCCCCUACCUCUUCCAAAACCUCUUGAGCACCCUCUACUGACAAGGCUUAACAUCUUGCUGGCUGACAAAGGAGAGCUAUUACAAGAAAUAGCUCCAUUAUCACAGAGCAGGCCAAAGAUGAAUUUGGAACUGAGGCAAUAAAAUUAGUAACAAGCACAGUGGGAUCUGUCUUGUUUUACAUAUUAGAGUUUCUAAUUGCUAUGUCUUCAGGGUCAGUAAUGUUUUCUUCUGCAGUGUCUGAUCUGCUCUUAAUCCCAGUUUGUAUAGUUUCAUCUCACUUUUUUUAAUCUCUAGAAGUUUUAAGGUUUUCUUUAUAUCUUCCAUAUCUCCUUCAUAUGCUCAUGCUUUCCUCUACCAUCUAAUAUAUGGAAUAUAACUGUUUGAAUGUCCUACUAUCAUCUAUCAUUUCUGGAUCAUUUCUUGGCCUGUUUCUGGAUUUUUUCUCAUUAUGCCUGGUAAUUUUCAGACAUUGAGAA